GCAAGGAUGCAGCUCAAUUGUUUUUGUUUUAUUUUGUUGUGUUUAUUGUACCAAUCACAAGCAAACACAUAUGCAGAAAUAAGGAAGAACGCGUAUAAAAUCAUUGACCAAUCUAAACAUUUUGAUAAACAUGCAUUUAGACAAAUAGAGCGGGAACUUAAAGAUGUAUUCGAUAUGGAGAAAAUUUUAAAAGCUACCAACAUAGAUAGUCUAACAAUUAACAAUCAAUUGACAGACAGUAAAACUUUACCUGCGCCUCCUUUCGGUCUACCAAACCUUCCAUCGAUAAACUUCACGAAUCUUGUAAAGGGAGUAUCGGUUCAGUGUAUGUUAGAUGGCCAAAAGAUUCUAACCGGAAUACAGCAAUCUAAACCAUGGGCAUUGAGCAUGAUGGAUGCCUUUGCAAAGCCCCCCUCAGGAAUAUUAAAUGGUGGGUUCAUGUGGCUCGGAGAUUAUGAUGAGUGUUUGGACAUAAAGACAGAUUCAUUUCAUGGCAAAUACUGCAGAGAACAGCUGUACCUUGCUAAAUUUACCAACCCGCUGACAAGACAAAAUGGGGCUAGUUUGAACGCUGGGAUAUGUGUUCCAAGUAGCUGUUCCGGCGAUGAUAUUCUUAAUCUGCUGAAAUCAGUUGUGCCACAAUUGUCCAAUCAAACAAUAUUUCCCUAUAGUGGGAGUUGUGAAGAAAAAGAUCAGAGAUAUGAUACCCGAGCAAUUGUUGUAUUAGUCAUUCUUUCAAAUUUUGCUAUUGUUAUAACGUUAGCCACAAUAUAUGAUGUCGUCAUACGGGUGAUGGAAAAACGGCAGAAACAGAAUCCGAAAGGUGGUAUCAUAAAUAUAGCGUACGUCUCUAGUGAAGCCAAGGAAUCUGGAGAUGAUUAUAAACCUAAGGUAGAGGAACCGGAAGUAUCUGUAGAUGUUGGACAAGACGGAAACGAAACAUCUGCGUACACACCAGGUAUUAUAGGGAAAGCGUGGCUGUCGUUUUCUGUUUAUACAAAUAUAGAAAAAAUACUUGGAACAAAGCAAGGUGCUGGAACAUUGGCAGCUAUCAAUGGUAUACGGUUCAUCAGUAUGUCGUGGGUCAUCCUUGGACAUACAUUUGCCUUUGGAUUAGGUCAGAUGGACAAUGCGGCUCAGGUGUACACGAAGUUCAUUAAAAGGAAAUCAUUUAUGGCCAUUAUGAACGCAGAAGUAUCUGUUGAUUCUUUCUUUGCAUUAAGUGGUACCUUAUUGGCAUAUUUGAUACUCCAACAACUGCAGAAACAAAAGAGCGUCUUAAAGCUUAAUUGGUUUAUGUUCUACUUUCAUCGGUUUUGGAGAUUGACUCCACCAUAUAUGCUCGUUCUGAUGGUAUUUACAGGACUCUAUCCCUAUCUAGGCAGUGGUCCGUUUUGGAGUGACAGUAGAAAAUCACCAGAUAAUUGUCACACAAACUGGUGGUAUAACCUCUUAUACAUCAACAACUUUAACAAAGAAUCAAAUGAGUGUUUUGGUUGGGCUUGGUAUUUAGCAAAUGACAUGCAGUUUUUUGUAAUCAGUCCUAUCAUCUUGAUUCCUAUGUAUUAUUCUAAAAUAGCAGGAACAGUCGUGACGGGUGUAAUGUGGUUAGGAUGUGCCAUAGCAACAGGACUUGUGUCCAGACAUUUUGAUCUCCAAACCUCUCAAAAAGGACCACACAGUGAUGAUUAUUUCAACCAGUAUUAUCAACGACCUUACACUCGCAUUGGACCAUAUCUAGUCGGUAUGUUCUGUGGUUUCCUCCUAUACCAAACUAAGUGUAGAUGUAAGAUAAAUAAGUACCUUAACUUGGUACUAUGGGCAGUUUUUACCGCAAUUGCCAGUGCAGCGCUAUAUGGUGUCUACAGAGAUUAUAAUGGUCAUCCGUUUUCAACUGAUCUUGCAGCUACUUUCAACACUUUACACAGAACUGCAUGGAGUCUUGGUGUUUGUUGGGUUAUAUUUGCAUGCGCAACAGGAAAUGGAGGAAUAAUUAACACCAUUUUGUCAUGGAAAGCUUUUGUACCUUUGGGCAAAUUAACUUACUGUGCCUACUUAGUUCAUCCUAUUGUAAUUUUCUACUAUUUUGGGUCAAGGAGGAAGCUUAUUCAUGUCGAUACUCAUAUAAUUAUUUAUGAAUACCUUGGAAAUCUCGUAUUAGCAUAUGCCUGUGCCUUUGUUGCGUCGCUAGCAUUUGAAGCUCCUAUGAUGGGAUUAGAAAAGGUUAUAUUCAGACGGGGUGAAAAGAAGUGAAGCAAAUGUGACGUUUAUUUAUUUCAAAAUAGUGAUUGUCGAACUAAAAACAGAUUUUAAUUUGUAUAUUGGAAACACAUUUAGUAUUGUUUACGUUUGGUAUUUCAAAUAUAUGUGGGUUUUAUUUUGUAUUUGUUUAACUGACAGGGUUAAAAAAAAUGGUUCCAAUGUAUAUCAGGAGAAAUUAAAUAUGUUAUGUUGUUCUAUGCUACA